AAUUCACUCCCAAGUAGAAAAAACGCCUCUCUUUGCGUAUCGUCCGCACAAUCACUCUGAAAUAUCCAAAAUAUGAUGAGCCUCACGUCUUUCCCUGAAGGGCCCCACUACAAACUUUAUUGUUAAAGUUUUCAACACUCUCUCCUCUUCUUCUACUCUUCCGAAAAAGUGGAAGCUGCAGCCAUGGAAGCUCUCAGAACUUCUCCUGUUCAUUCUCUUGGACUUCCAUCCAGACUUGACAACAAAACCCAAUUCAGAAAACUCAUUUCCUCAAACGUUAACCCAUUUUUACCCACUUCAUCUUUUUGUUCUGAUCAUCGUCAAAGAAAUCCAUCAAGGUUCGAGCUUUUCACCACCAUAUCAUCGUCUGUUUCAACAGAUCUUUCAGACCCACCUCAGCCAGAGGUCAGAACCGAAACCCCAGGUGGCAAAUUCGAUUGGUAUUCGCAGUGGUAUCCGGUUAUGCCGGUUUGUGAUCUGGAUAAGAGGGUCCCACAUGGGAAGAAGGUGAUUGGUCUUGAUGUGGUGGUGUGGUGGGACAGGAAUGAGAGUGAUUGGAAGGUGUUUGAUGAUAGUUGUCCUCAUAGAUUGGCACCACUCUCUGAAGGGAGGAUUGAUCAGUGGGGCCGGUUGCAGUGUGUUUAUCAUGGUUGGUGUUUUAAUGGCUCCGGUGACUGCAACUUCAUCCCUCAAGCACCUCCUGAUGGACCUCCGGUUCACACUUUCAAGAAAGCAUGUGCAGCUAUUUAUCCAAGCACUGUGCAGAAUGGCAUUGUAUGGUUUUGGCCAAACACUGAUCCUCAAUACAAAGAUAUUCUUAUGAAGAAAAAACCCCCUUACAUAUCAGAAAUCGAUGAUCCAUCCUUCACUAAGUUGAUGGGAAAUAGAGAUAUCCCCUACGGAUACGAGGUCUUGAUUGAAAAUCUCAUGGACCCUGCGCAUGUUCCGUACGCACAUUACGGAAUAAUGCGGACGCCACAGCGCAAAAGUAAGGCUGAUAGGGAAGGGGGCAUACCCCUGGACUUGAGUGUGGAUAACUUUAACACCGAUGGUUUCAAUGGAAGACGAGAGCCUGCAGGUUUCAACAGGUUUUGUGCACCAUGUGUGUUUUAUUCUUCUAUCCCUCUUACACCAAAUCAAGAUAACGGGGCUUCUUCUUCUACCGGCACCAAAAAGGACUCAUCAGUUCAGAAGAGAAUGGUUCUAGUUUUUAUUUGCAUUCCUGUUAGUCCGGGUAAGAGCAGAUUGAUAUGGACAUUUCCGAGAAACUUUGGGGUUUGGAUUGACAAAGUUGUUCCGCGAUGGAUGUUUCAUAUCGGGCAAAACUUGAUUCUGGAUUCAGAUUUAUAUCUGCUUCAUGUCGAGGAGCGCAAGAUAAUGGAUGUCGGCCCUUCCCAGUGGCAGAAAGCAUGUUUUGUGCCAACAAAGUCGGAUGCGCUCGUGGUUGGAUUCAGAAAGUGGUUAAACAAGUACGCUGGUGGUCAAGUUGAUUGGAGAGGCAAAUUCAGUGGAGCUCUUCCCCCAACUCCUCCAAGAGAACAGCUUAUGGACAGGUAUUGGACUCAUGUGGUGAACUGCAGCAGUUGCAAUGCUGCAUACAAGGGGCUCAACGUCCUUGAGGUUGUGUUGCAAGUCAUCUCCAUUUCUUUGCUUGGAAUUGUUGCUGCAGCCAAACAAAGCAUCACAUCCAUGGUUGUGAAAACGGCUAUGGUUUCGAUGGCCGUGCUGUGCUUUGCAGCCUCAAAAUGGUUGGCUCACUUUGUCUACAAAGUCUUUCACUAUCAUGACUACAAUCACGCUUUUCGCUAGUUUACAUGUUUUAAUGAAAACAGCAUAUUUAUGUAUACUGUAAAUAUAAUAUGAGCUUGUUAUCCAUGAAAAGCCAUAAAGAUCUGUAGUGUGAGAGUUUGUGAAUCGCUUGGAUAACAUAUUGUGGAUAUGUUUGUACCUAAGUUUCAUUUUUCAAAAGUCAAAUACAUGGCUUAGAAAGCCAAUUAAAACUAUUAAAACAAU